UCAUCACUUCCUCGUUGCAGUUCGCGAUGUUUUGACGGAGUCCUGCUGCUGGAUCGUCAUUCAUGUAAACACGGUCACAUCUGAAGCUCUGGGCAUUUGGCUUCUGUCACCUUCCCUUCAUGAAUACCUCGGACAGUGAAGAGGACUCGUACAACGAGAGGUCCGCUCUGGUCCAGUGUGAAAGCCCAACCAUCCCCUCGUACAACCAAGAUCAUGAUGUGUCUCUGCCCCAGCAAACAGACACCAAACGGCGGCGGCCGGUCAGCUCUGGUUUGGACGAGCCGGGGCCGGUGGAGCGAGAGCGAGCGUCCACUCCUGAUGGAGAGGAAGAGGAGCUGACCCUCAAAUACGGCGCUAAGCACGUCAUCAUGCUCUUCAUCCCUGUCACGCUCUGCAUGGUGGUGGUGGUGGCAACAAUCAAGUCUGUCAGUUUCUACACGGAGAAGAGCUCACAGCGGCUCAUCUACACUCCGUUCGAAGAAGACCCGAACUCCGUCGGUCAGAGGCUCUUGAAUUCUUUCCUCAACACCAUCGUCAUGAUCAGUGUGAUCGUCUUCAUGACCAUAAUACUGGUGGUGCUUUAUAAGUAUCGCUGUUAUAAAGUCAUUCACGGCUGGCUGAUUCUGUCUUCAUUGAUGUUGCUCUUUUGGUUCAGCUUCAUGUAUCUGGGUGAGGUGUUCAAGACAUAUAAUGUGGCUAUGGACUACCCAACGUUAGUGAUGAUCAUCUGGAAUUUCGGCGUGGUGGGAAUGAUCUGCAUUCACUGGAAAGGGCCUUUGCGGCUGCAGCAGGCGUACCUCAUCGUCAUCAGCGCCCUCAUGGCCCUCAUCUUCAUCAAAUACCUGCCCGAAUGGUCAGCAUGGGUCAUACUGGGAGCCAUCUCCAUAUAUGAUCUGAUAGCGGUGCUUUGUCCGAAAGGCCCGUUGAGGAUGCUGGUAGAGACGGCGCAAGAAAGAAACGAGCCAAUUUUCCCUGCGCUCAUAUAUUCAUCUGCCAUGGUUUGGAUGGUUGGCAUGGCUGAUUCUAGUAAUCCAGGUUCUGCUGAUGGAAGGCUGCGGAAUGAGGGCGGAGCCCGAGCACAGGAAGAGGAGGAGUCAGAGGAUGAUGUGGCUCAUGGAGGGAGGCGGCGGUAUUCAGCAGAAGAGGACCUUGAGGAAGACCGAGGGGUGAAGCUGGGUCUUGGUGAUUUCAUCUUCUACAGUGUCCUGGUGGGAAAGGCGGCCGCCACCGGAGGAGACUGGAACACCACACUGGCCUGUUUCGUGGCCAUUCUCAUUGGACUGUGUCUGACUCUCCUCCUGCUGGCUAUUUUCAAGAAGGCUCUGCCGGCUCUUCCCAUCUCCAUCACCUUCGGCCUGGUCUUCUACUUCUCCACAGACAAUCUGGUACGGCCCUUCAUGGACAGCCUGGCAUCCCACCAAUACUACAUCUGACACAAAGCCACUGACACAUAAAGGACUUCAUCAGAAUACAGGCGUUGCGUUUCAAUGAGAUUCAAACCUUUUUGUUUCUUAUGAAUCUGAGCAGGUUUCUGAUACGAUAUGCUCUAGGCGAGUGAAUGAAGGUGUAAAAUGUAUCAAAACAAGCAGUUCUGAGUUGUCAUGCAUCUUUACAUUGGCAUUUUGGUUUUUAUUGAGAAGCUGCACAUCGGCUCUUUAGAAUAUACAGUAGUUUUACUAUUUGUUUUGUACUUACUGAGAAGGUCAAUGACUUCGCAGUGUGACCUGCAUCCUGACAAGUGACAGUGAAGAGUCUUUUUUCAUAAAUAACGACUUGUGAAGUGAUGAAAAGACUGCUGCUAGUUUCAGUGGUGAGACAGACGCCUGUAUAUGUGAGUGCUGUAGGCUUGCCAUUGGUUAAUACACAAAUCAAACAAAUGCAUACUUUCAUUUUUAGAAUCACAUAUAUUCUGUUAUAUAUAGGAUGUGAUCCUAAUUCAACAUAUUUGUUGGACAUACAUAGGGCUGGGUGAUAUAUUUAAUAUUCAGAAUAAUUUUGCUG